GCGGCCCUCUCGCCUGCUCUCCGUCUCACUAAAGCAACAUGUGCCUCGACGAGGACGCUGGGUUAACGCAUUCUUGCAUCCAGGCCUGUACAGCCUGCUAUGUCUUCCAAUAUGACGCCCUUGAGCUUCUCGCAGACGGCAGGAGUGUGAACUUAGGAACGCUAUCAGAGCUCCUGAUAAUCGCGAAUCAGGGCUGCAACUUUUGCAAGUUCCUGCUCAAAGUAGCUAUUGAUUCCGGCAGGCCUUUCAAGAACGACGCCAGAGUUGAAGCCAUUCCCGUGGAGUCGUUCAAUAGAAGCCCCGAUCUUUCCAGCAGGCAACUAGAUAAGAUCAGCAUUAGAGUUGCCGAUCCAUUCACAUUUGGCCGGUCGGGCGGUACUGGGUUUAUUCAGCAAGAAGAGUUCCACCAGUUCUCGGUGGACCUGGGUAUUUUUACUCAAACACCCGAGCUAAAACAUCUCAUCCCGAAGUUUCCCGCGAACCCCAGGGUGGCCACGGAAGAUGUAUUUGGAGAGAUCGGUACUUGGAUAUCCGAAUGUAUUAAUAACCACGACGGCUGUCCGAAAUUUGUGGAGUCAACCCUCCCAACGCGAGUGUUAGAUGUCGGGACUGCUACAGACCUACAACCCGACCAUGUGAAGCUCCAUGUCACCGCGAAAGGGGAAUGUGGUCGCUACGCAGCACUCAGUUACUGCUGGGGCCCCGGCACGCAGGUUAAGACGCUGCAGGGCAACCUAGAGGAACACAAGAGGUCGAUCCGGGUCACACAGCUCCCUCAGACCGUACAGGAUGCGAUUCGGGUCACGCGCGAAGUAGGAAUCCGCUAUCUCUGGGUCGAUGCACUCUGCAUCAUCCAGGACUCACCAGACGACGACUGGCCGCGCGAGGCCGCUCAAAUGCCUGAGAUAUACAAGAAUGCCAUGGUCACCAUCUCGGCUGCGGCAGCCACAGACACCACCCAGGGAUUCUUGGGAGACCGAGAACCCGUCUUGCAGUCUAUCCUCCAAUCUUCCCGUCUGCCGGUCUACAAGUACGUGUCGGACGACGACCAGGACGAGACGUUGGCGAAUUUUGAGCUACUCGGUGAAAUAUUCCUCGCCCGGGAUGAAAAUCUUGGGUACGACAUCAAAAAGUUUGAUGACGAGGCAAUCAACACUCGAGCAUGGUGCCUGCAGGAAUCCUGGCUGUCGCCUCGACUGCUGGUCUUUGGCUCAGGCCUUCCACGGUGGAUAUGUCUGGAGCACGAGAGAAUGUAUGGUGUGGACCACCCUAAGGAUAGAUACGACUGGGACACGCAGGACAAAGUCAGAAGACAGAUUUUCAACGACCCAGUAAAUUCCACAUUGGUCGGCCAUUCCCAACGAGCGAGAAGCGAGUACCUCCAGCAGUGGGGAAGCCUUUUCCACAACUACACUCGAAGAAAUCUCACCUUCAAGACGGACAAAAUGGCAGCCAUAUCGGGAAUUGCCAAAGAGAUGCAAAAGCUGCUCCAGGACCGGUAUGUCGCUGGUCUUUGGGAGAGUUCCCUACCUCAUUCAUUGCUUUGGAAUCAUGUGAAUGACGGGGACCCACCAACCGCCGUUGCCACAACAAGCAAAGAGAAGAGGAGGAAAAGAGACAAAAUUCGCGGUCUCCUUACGUCACUCCUUUCCUCCACAGAAGCCUCUUCUUCUACUUCCUCCGCACCAUACAUUGCCCCGAGCUGGUCACCAUUCGCCAACAACGGCACCGUAUCCAUGCAUAGCUCCUGGGGACCCGAAGGACAGACCCUAGCCUCGAUCACAGAGUUGGACCUGAAGCCAGCCAACCCCCUCGCACCCUUCCUAGCCCUGGAUAAGCUACACGACCGCAUGCAAAUCACCGCACCCAUGGCACAGAUGUCCUAUGAGGAGGUAGUCAGCAAUUUCGUGAUAGUAACAGAUGGCAGCCCCCACAUGUUCUGGGACUACAUCAUCCCCGACGGUGGGGCUGCGAACGAGCACCUCGGCCACGCGGGGGAACUACAGUGGAAAUAUCCAGAGAUCAACCCCCAAGUGGCUGUCGAUGCCCGCGUCGUUCUGGACCUGAUCGGCGGCGGCGGCGGCGCGAGACCCCUGGCGCGACAACCCUCGGAACGUCCUGUCCCGCCUGAUGCAAACCCAGACGAUUGGCCGGCGCCCGCCGGGGGUAGUAAGAAACAAGCAGACCUGUGGCUUCUUGAAAUUUCGCACACAAAUUCUCCUUCAGGACUCGUCCUGGUGCGGAUCAAAGGUUGCGAAUUCAGGAGAAUAGGGAUGUUCGUCAUGGCGCGAAAUCAAGACCCUACUUAUCAGUGGGUAAAUGGCUAUGAGGUCUCUGGACCGCGGAGGUGGGACUGGGAUACGAGACUUAGAAUGAGGUCUUGUAUAGUCUUUUGAACACUCUUCGUUACUUUAUAGGUUUACCUAUUGGAAACCUUCGUCUAAGAGGUUUGUUGGGCGGGGGAGUGUUUUGAAACAACUGCCCGCUUUCCUUAGUGACAAAGGAUAUCAGAUAGGCUCUGCAAACAAACUACAAGAAUUUAGUACUUGAAUCGAUAAGUUUAUUUAAUAAAGGUUUUAUUAAUAUA